AUGGCCUCGCAAACCUCCGACCCGCAAACAAACGGCGUGCCCGCCUCCUCGGCAGGAGCCUCCGCCUCCCAGACGGUCCCCAACACCCAAGCUACCGCAGCGACAUCAACAGCAGGAUCGCAGCCCCCCUCUCAGAGCCAGCCGACCCAAUACUCGUCUACGCAACAACCUUCACAACAGCAACAGCAACCACAGCAGCAGAACAACUCACAACAGCAGCAGCAGCAGCAGCAGCAGCAAUCAGCACCCCUCAACCCCAAUGCCUCGGCCCCGCGUCCCCGCGACGCCCGCAUGAUCGAGCUCCUUCUCACCUCUCAAGGCGUCACGUCUUACGAAUCGCGCGUGCCCCUUCUCCUUCUCGACUUCGCCUACCGGCACACCUCGAGCAUCCUCUCCGACGCCAUCUACCUCUCAGCGGACCCCUACACCUCGCAGGCAGGCUCCAAGGCGUCUGCCUCGGGCGCCGCCGCCGGCUCGAUUCCAGGCGCGGCAGGCGACGCCGCUGUCAGUGCGAAUGCCGUCAAGCUCGCCAUCGCUGCGCGACUCGGCUACCAGUUCCGCGGAGGCGGCGGUGCGGGCGGCGUGUCCAAGGACUGGCUACAGGAGCUCGCGCGCGAGCGCAACAAGACGGCGCUGCCCAAGGUCGCCCAAAACGAGUGGGGUCUCAGGCUGCCAAGCGAGCGCUUCGUGCUGAGCGGCGUGAGCUGGGGGCUCAAGGACGUGUGGGAAGAGGCGGGCAUCGACGAGGAGGACGACGACGAGAGUGAAGACGGUACCGGCGCGCCUGUUGGUGACGGUGCGAUGGAGGGAGUGGAGGCGACGAACGUCACUGCUGAUGAGGAUAUUGGCGGUGACGGCGUCGAGGGCGGCACGAUGGAGGAUGUUUUUGGCAAGGAUGUCGAUGAGGACGCGGAGAUGGAGGGCACGUCUCAGUGA